AUGGGAUCCGUGAACAUGGAUUGUGAGAUGAAACGGGAGAUGGAUGACAGCGGCUGCGUACAAGACGAUGGUGUCCCGGCCUCCCAGGUAGGUCUUCUAGACCUGUCUGAUGAUGUGUUGCUCUACAUCCUCCGACACUGCUCCCCCAGGGAUCUUAAGGCUUUGGGAUAUUCGUGUAGCCGGCUGGGUGUAUUAGUUCAGGAGCGGUCUCUAUGGCGGAGGGUGGACGCGCGAGACGAGCCCUGCUCAGGCUCUCGGCUGGCCUGGUUCAUAGACAACACGCUGCAUCAUGACACACACACGCUCAUGAUCAGCGGGUAUGCGCGGAACGCUGACGGCUGUCUGGGGCUCAUCAACGUAUCUCGCGACGAGGCGGAGUCGGAGCGCGAGCCGGCGGACCGGGGCGGAGCACCCUCGCACGUCACAGGUGUAGAGCAGCUCAAUACUGACAGACAUCAGGCGAGGUUCUUCGUGACGCAGAGGGCGCAGCACCUGCCGCGUUUCCGCGGCGUCCCGUCGUGGCCGGACCGCCGGGCCCGCCGCGGGCCCCAGGCGUGUCGCGGGCCUCAGUUCUCGGUGGGCGCUCCGCUGAUGUCUCGCCUCACGGACACCUGCCCGCGGCUCGACACACUCGCGCUGGAGUACUGCUGCAUCGACUGUAACACGACGUCUCUGAGCAGCUUCCCCCGCGGCCUGCGGCGUCUGUCCCUGCGCGGCUCCCGCUGCUACAACAUGACCAUAGACAAGUCCUUCCUGUUCAAGAUACAGGACUACCUGCCGGCGCUGGAGAGCCUGGACGUGUCGGAGUGUGAGUGGAUGGACCCGGCGACCCUGUUGCCUCUCAGCAAGCUGCCCGCGCUACAGCAGCUGUUCCUGAGAGACUGCCACAAGCUGGCUGAGUUCGUGGCAUACGCCUCGCUCACGGCCAGAUACGGGUUCAGGACACUCAAGGUGCGGACACUCACUGGAUGGGUGUUGGAUCUCCGCGGGUCACCGGUGGGUGACUCGGAGGUGUCCGCGCUGGGCUGGCUGCCUCAGCUGGAGCGGCUGUGGCUGGCGGCCGCGCGUGGCGGGGGGAGGUCGCUACACGCGCACUACACCGAUGACCGGGAGACGGAACACGAGGAGCUGCAGCGGUGGGAGACGGCGGAGCGGGAGUACUUCAAGUGUAGACCGAGCAACGGAACACACGAAGAGACGAGUCCGGACUGUAAGUACGAUGAGAGGGAGGAGACAUACAGGGAACAGAGAACAGACGGACCGACAUGUGACGUCAGAGAGGAGAAGAUAGAGAACAAGAAGAGGAAGACGACCGAGGAGACGGACGGGGAAGGGGGGAAGAGGGCGAGGAACAGUCCGGACUGUAUCGUGGACUGUAUCAAGAUAGACCAGCUGAUAGACGUGGGCGAGCUGAGGAGGGGCCGCCAGAACGAGGUCAUCGUUAUAGCGAACUCCGCCAGGGUUAGGAGCCCCGCGCCGCAGGGGGAGGAGGGGGGCGUGAACCAGGGGGCGAGCACCUCGCGCGAGCAGCGGGGUGGGGGGGAGGAGGACGAACAGGGUAACGAGCAGCACGAACAGGGUAACGAGCAGCCGCCGCCAGUACAGUACCAGGUGGAGCCGCGCCACCACGUGCUGUACGUGAGCGUGGGCCCGCAGGUCAACACGUACCGCUUCCCGCGAGACGCCGCGGACCUGGAGCGACAGGUGGGGCUGGGCCCGGCACCAGGACACGUGGACUCGAGCUCGCUCGUCACAGACUUCGCGAUCCGGCGCUUCGGGCGCGCGGACGGCGAGGACGUGAACAUCAUACACAUAGGACCGAACGGGCCCAUGUUAGUGGGGCAGAGCGCCGGAUCGCGGCCGGAUCGCUCCAGCCUGCGAUAUCUGUCAGUUACUGGCUACAGGAACAUCACUGACCGCAGCCUGGCUCACCUCGCCUCCGCCGCGCCCAGACUCGUCUCGCUCGACUUCCGGGACACUAACGUGAGUGAGGAGGGCGCCAGGAACUUCCUCGCGCUGCGGCCCGACUGUGAGCUCGUGUACAGCGCCUUCGUUGAUAAGAAGAACAAUUAA